AUGGGCAUCUGGCCCAUACUUACACUGGAGGAGCUGUCAUGCCAGGCUCUGCUGAGAAAUGAGGCCUUGGCCAUCUCUGCUCUGGGGAAGCUGCCCAUCUCCCUCUUCCCAGAACUGUUUGAGGAGGCUUUCAGUAACCAAUGCACUGGGAUCGUGAAGGCAAUGGUGGUAGCCUGGCCUUUCCCCUAUCUCCGUGUGAAGGGCAUGAUGAACACGUUCGACUCAGAGAUUUUUCAUGCUGUGCUGGAUGGCCUGGAUGGCCUGCUGACUCAGCAGGUUUGCCCCACGAGGGGGAAACUUCGAGUACUCGAUUUUCAGAGGUGGCCAUCAGAGUUCAGGACCAUCCAGGCUGGAACAGAGGAUGGGGUCUGCUCAGCAGAGACUGUGAGUGAGAAGCAAGCAGGGAAGCCCCCUCCCAGACCUGAGCUGAGACCACGAAUCCAGGUGAGAAUUGACCUCUACUUCAGGUCCCAAAUGGAGGAAGCAGAAACGUACUUCCUACAGUGGGCCCAGCAGAGAAAAGACUCGCUCCAGCUCUGCUGUAAGGACGUGAAGAUUGUGAUGCAGUCCCUAGAUAAUGCUAGGACAUUUCUGAGUGUUUUCGAGCUAGAAUACAUCAAGGUGUUGGAACUCACUGUAGAUUGGAGCUGGUGCACUCUGGCACAAUUUUCUACCUACCUCUCGGAGAUGAGAAACCUUCACACAGUUUAUCUAGUGCAUAUCCAUUGGAACUUGUGUGAAGUUUGCUUUCUACCAUGUUUCGAUGAGAUGAACUGUUUGCAAAAGUUCUUUUCUCAGUUUUCCGGACUCAGCGGUCUCCAGCAUCUUUAUCUGCAAGGCUUCUGUUUCUUCAGUGAGCACAUGAAACUCUUGCUCAGGAACCUGAAGACUCCCUUGGAAACCUUCUCUGUCACGCAAUGUCAACUGUUCCAGUCACACUUGAAAGACUUUGCGCUGUGUCCAUUUCUUCAUCAACUAAAACAUCUGGACUUGAGUGGAGUCCUACUGUGCAAUGUGUUUAUUGUGCCUCUCCGUCUUCUCCUAGAGAUGGGAGCAGGCAGUCUUGAGACUCUGGAAUUGCAGGGGUGUAAGAUAAAGGACUCUCAGUUCCGUGAACUCCUACCUGCCCUCAGCCAAUGCUCCCAGCUCACCAAGGUCAAUUUCUAUAGUAAUGACUUCUCCAUGAAUCUCUUGCGUGACCUUUUCCACCACACAGCCAACAUGAGCAAGAUGACCAUGGAGCAGUACCCUGCCCCUCGGGAGUGCUAUGAUCGGAAUUACAUCAUUGUACACACAUUUUCUCAACUUUGUUCUCAGCUCGUGGAUACACUUAGGGCCAUAAGGCAGCCCAGGAGAAUAUGCUUUGCUACAUAUGGCUGCAGGAGAUGUUUUCAACCCUUUGUGUAUGACCAGGUGACCAGACUUUGUCCCUGCUUGCAGUAA